UGUGGGAAGUUUCAAAGCAGUCGACAGCAUCCACACACGAUACCGUCUUCAUUAUCAUUUUAAGACCACGACUGCUGUCAAAGGAUUCUUCGUGUGUUGUUUUGUGCUUCUUAAAAAAAUCUUUUGAGAAAAAAUAACACAAGAUGGUUGCGCGAGGACAAUUCUACGCAGGAUCUCAACUUUUGAUGCCUUUAGUUUCUGUAGUUGGACUGCCACUGGAUCAGCUAAACUUCCUUGUUUGCCAAUGUGCUGCUUUGGCUUUGGCAAUUCCUUUCCGCAAAGUUCUUUCUCCUUCCACAACUAAGCCCUCAGUAAGGCUUAUUGUGGAAUUGGUUGCUGGUCUUGCUCUGGCUCUUUUCUGCUUUGGAUAUCAGGUAUGGUACCUAAUUGUGCAGUCUACCAUCAGCUACUUUGUCAUGAUGUUUGGCAGUCCCCAGUGGUCACACAAAGUAGUGUUUGUCUUCUGCAUCAUCUAUCUCUCUGUUGCCCACAUUUAUCGACAGAUAUAUGAUUAUGGUGGAUACACACUGGAUAUCACAGGUCCCAUGAUGAUUCAAACACAAAAGUUAACCAGUUUAGCCUUUGCAUUAGCAGAUGGACAUAAGGACCAGAGCAAAUUAACUCCGGAUCAACGUUCACAGGCUAUCAGAGCUGUGCCUAAUGUGUUGAGCUUCUACAGUUUUAUGUUCUACUUCCAUGGCAUCAUGUGUGGUCCUCUUUCUUUUUACUCUGAUUAUAUGUCCUUUAUUGAUGGCAGUUACUUGCACACUCCACCCCCGCAGACUGCUCUUAAGAAGGAAGUUGGUCAGCCUGAUCCUUGGGAUGGUCAUAUGGCAGUUUUAAUCAAGAAGCUCAUCACUGCUGCUGUGAGUGGAAUCCUGAUGGUAGUUCUGCCACCUUUGCUUUGUCCACCAGAAAGUCUUCUUUCUCAAGAAUUCUAUGAGAAAUCCUUCCUUGAGAAAAACCUCUAUAUUUUGGUUUGCAUGACAUGUGCCAGAUACAAAUAUUACUUUGCCUGGAUUUUAGGAGAAGCCAUCAAUGUAGCUGCGGGCUUUGGAUUCAAUGGCUAUGAUGAAAAUGGCAAGGCGAAGUGGGACUUGGUUGACAAUGUUAAUGUGUGGGUUGUUGAGUUUGGUGACAGUCUGAAGGUGAAUAUAGAUGGAUGGAACCAGAAGACUUUGGUAUGGCUUCGUCGAGUUGUGUAUGAUCGUGCCCCAAAAUACCAGACUUUUGCUGUCUUUGCUAUCAGUGCCAUUUGGCAUGGCUUCUAUCCAGGGUAUUACCUCACCUUUGGCAGUGCAGCCCUGUUUACAGUGGCAGCUAGGCUGGUGCGACGAAGGGUGCGACCAUUCUUCCAAACUAGUGACAACAUGAAGAAACUGUAUGAUGUUGGAACAUUUGUUUUCACGCGCCUGGUUAAUGCCUAUAUAACCUUCAACUUUCUAACCCUGGAGUUUAUUCCAUCCCUAAGCAUUUAUCUAUCACUAUACUGCUGGUUACAUCUGCUGGGAAUUGCUGUCGUUGUGUAUUUUACUUUCAUUUCACCGUCCAAGCCCAGUGGACGGCCACCAGUGAAACAAGACUAAAAAUAGUUUUCACAAGACUAAAAGUGCAUCUCUCUUCACGUUUCCGUUCGUCAAUUGUUCAUGUGGCGGAGAAGUGACAGAUGCACUGCAUUUCACCCUUUAUUUUUGUCACUGUGCAGCGAUAGCACAUUUUAUUGUUGUAUUUGCUAAGGCUUUGGAUCUGAUAGAUUUUUACUCAGAAAUAGGCAUCAAAACCUAUAUUUAUUUGCAGAAUGCAUGUCGCAGCAUCUGUACUAGCAAAGUGAUAUUUUUUGUAAUAGUGAGAUGAAGCUGGUGUAGACGAUCCUGCCAUAGAGAGCAUGUGUGAACAAGGUAGCCUCAGAUAUUGCAAUUUUUUGUACUUUUCCUAGUGACAUGGAUUCAUUCAAAAAAGCUACAUGCAGGUGUUUUUGUUUGUCACAAUUUUUGCAGAAAAUUAGCUGAUAGGAGGGAGUACAUUUUCAAAGACUGUUUAGAAAUAUAAAGAACUAACAUGGCUGUUAAUUAUGCAUAAUUACCUGACGAUAAUCAGGUAUCUUAAACCAAAUAUAUUUUAACAUGUCAAGACUUGUCAUUUAUACUCUUCUUUUAAUAUUGUUUUUAUUUAAAAUUCUGAUAGGUUAAAAUGGAUUUUUAAAAGUUCUCACCUUUUCCUGCCAAUCAACAGCUAUACUUUUAAGAAACACUUUGGGGAAGAAACUUCUUCAUUUCAAAUGUGAAAUCAUUUCUCUAUAGAUUCAUGUCAGGAUUGAUGUUAGGAAAGUGGACCUGACAUGCCUAUUUUAUGGAAUGUAAGGCAAGAGAUGCCUAGACUGUCGAACAGGCAGCUUGCGGGGCCCUGGGGGAGUGUCAUAUUCAAAGUCAAGAGCCAUAAGCAUAACCGUACCACAAGAAUCUCCUGUCGUGGGGCCUGGGGCGGUUGCCUCGCUUGCCACUCUAAAAGGGUGCCCCUGCUGUUGAACGAUGGUUGUUGAUUUGACACUUUCAUUACAUGCCUGAACAUUUUACAACGAAGGAAAUAACUUUGUCUCAAAAAAUGUAUUCAGUACCAGAUUAAAAGAUUGGAUUGUGCGAAAAUAUAUUGCCAUAAUGAUGAUUAUCUUAAUCUUGAUUUUAAAAAGACAGGUGUAUAAGCUAGUUUUGUUUUCACUUUAAUGGGUCUCAAAUUCACUUUGGUCUUUUAUAAUAAUUGAAGUUGAUUGGAAAGUAGGAGCAAAUAACUGGCUUUGCAGUGUUGGUUUUUUGUUUUUGUUUUUUUUUUUUUCAUUUUUGAAAACAUUUAUACUUCAUUCUUUGUGUGUGUGUGUGUGUGUAUGAUGUUAUAUUUUAUCUCAAGCUUACCAAGUAUGAACAUAAGAAUGGACAUGAAUGAAGAAAACGCCAGUUUUGUAUUUAUAAAAAGAUGAAUUUUCAUCUAAAGGAUUGUUUAAAUCAAAAGAAGUAGAAAAGAUUUCUAAGCAUUAUUUUAAAAAGGACCAUUUCUGUAUUUCCUUAACUUUUUUUUUGUUUGUUUCUAUUCAAUCGGUACUCUAGUUUCUACCUCAUCAUAAAAUAGAGGGAAAAAUGUUCUUAGCAUGAGGCCAGUUCUCUGUAUCUUUUGUGGGUCUACUUGCUCAUAACUUCACUGAAUUCUCAUUAAUCCAUGCAGUGUCUCUAAAACAAAGAUUGCUGUGCUGGAACUUCUGGCUUUAUUGUGCCUGAAGUCAUCCAAAAAGAAAAAAAUAUAUUAACUUUGAAUGUUGAACAGUUUAACCUGUUGUUUCAUGCUGUAGUUGUAUUCUUCUAGUUUGUUCUUUCGGAUUUGACUGUGCAUUAUAUUGCAAAGAGAUUAUUAUCAUGGUGUCUUACAGGUUUGCUAUACAUUAUGUGUUAUAUUAUAGAUACUCAGCUACAGUGCAUCUUCAUGUCCAAGAGCAGGAAAAGUGCUUGGAUUCAUACUCAUGCCUAAUUCUGUUAGGAUAUAUUUUUUUUUCAGAUAAAAUAUUUUGCAGAAGCAACUAAAUGGAAUUCGGUGGGAUGUACAGAUAUUCAAAAGUAAAACUGAAUCCAAAGAGCAUGGAAGCUUAAGGAAGAAUUAUUGUGAUAUUUGAUAUUAUUAGUUUAGAAGCAUGGAUUGUAUCAAACUUUAGUACACAUUGUUAGGAAUUGGGUUGUUUUCUUGUAGCUGUCUUCUGAUUUUGCAUUAUUAACAUUUCCACACCCUUUUAGCAAGUUUAGGUAAAAUGUCUCGUGGCAUAAUAUAUUUUGUAAUAAACUUGAUCCAAUAGCUGCUCUUUCAUUAUUACUAGUUAUUAAAUAAUAUUAGUUAUGCUGAUUUACAUUAAAAUAUGAUACUAAUAGUUUCGUGACAGGAGGAAUCAAGAUAUUAUUACUUGUACACUAUUUUGUGCAGCUGGUGAUAAAACUUGCAAUAUAUUCAUGGGAGGUGUGUCUAAACUUGCCAACAAUUUUAAUUGUGAUGAGGGCUGGUCUGACAACCCCUACAUAAACACUGGCUACUGGUAGUGUAAGUUGACAAUUAGAUUUCUAUUCUCAGGUGUAAAAAACCUGCAUUGUUUGUAGUCUUGAUCUUCUAGCAGUUUUCAAAAGCUCACUUUAAGAGUUGUUUAAUCACUUUUGCCAGAGGCGAAAUCAAAAUAUGAAUCUUGCGGAUCCCCUUCCUUGAGUGUUCAAUUGAAUCAAUGCAUUAAGAAGUAAAAGCAUUAUUAAGAACAGAUUUUACUAUUUUAGUUUUGAGGUUGGGGGGGGGGGGGUGUGUGGUUAAGAAACACUUCCCUUUGUUGCCAUUGCUACUUUUGAUGUGGUUGUGAAAUAUAAGAAACUUGUGUAUUCUGGUAAAAAUUGAGGGUAGCACUAAAGAUCAUUCAGCAUGAUGUAUGUUGGUUAUCCUUUGCUUAAGUGGAGCGAGAUAAGAGGCAUGGCAUGUGUAUAAGGAUCCCAUGUUUAAACUAGUUCAUAAAGUGCAAGAACUGAGGAAUCAUUAAGAAUAGCUGAGUGUGUACGUGUUUUUACUUAAGCUGUAUGUCUGCAUAUAAGGAUGUAAAUAUUUUAAAAGAGAGUACUAUUUGCUGGUUUCCUGUUGCCUCUAGCAUUUCUCUAAGAGAGCAAAAUAGGAUUAGUUUUAAGCAUGUGUGUUUGUGUCAAAGUUUGCUUAAAUCUGUUGUGUUAUUCUGUUUUUAUAUAUAUAGUGUUAUCAUUCCUGUGAGUACUAGAAUGCUGGUCUCAAAAACAGUUUUUAACAGAUGUGUUUUUGCAAUUAAAGUAUUAUUUUAGACAGUUUAUUUAUGCUUGUAGAAUGAGGUCAUAUAAUCAAGUGCAGUGAGAACCUUUCAGCAAUUCCAAAAAAGUAUUAUGUCUAGAACUAUAUAUGUAUAUAUACACACACAUAUCUAUAUAUAGAUACAUGUAUUGUUUCUUAGUUUUAUUGUACGAGACAGUCAUUUCGGGCAAAUAUUAAAGGGUAAGCCAAGUCACUUAUGAUCAGUUGAGUUCAAUGUACUGGCAUAUUAACAGAACAUGUUGCUGUCGUUAGCCUAUUCCAUAUUUUUUCAGGGCUUUUAGUGUGAGUGAACAUGUGAAUUGAUGUAAAUUCUGAUCACUUGAUUUCACUAAUUGCAGCAUUAAUUACAUGAGCUUUGAGCAUGUGCUAAUGAUACACUGUCUAAUAAUUUAGCCUCAUUUUGUUACCUUAAAACUGAGGAGAGGACUGCAAUGUUUAAAAGCUUGUGAAUGGAAGAGUUUACAUUUAGAUUACAUGGUCUGUAUAGUAUCUUGUGAGAAAAUGAACACACUGACUUCAAAAUAAUAAUGUUCUUGGUUUAGCCUUUCACAUACCAGGUCCUAUAGUUGUGCACUUUUGAAUCUCUCCAUGUUACUGCAAGAAAGGUCAGAAUUAUGCAGUAAAUCUCCCAGUGUCCAGUGAGUUAAAGGGAAUUAAGUAAUAAUAGCCUAAUUUAUUCCUUUUGAAAGCACAUUUUAAUGUAGUUAGGUCUACCUGUUUUCCCAAAUCUCUUUUUUCAUUGAUCAACAAGUGCAGGCUUUGAUAGUUUCACUAAAAUAUUUGAAUGGCAGAGCAACUCUGAUUUGUUUUGAAAGCAAUAUUAAACCAGCACAUGAACAUCAUGCUCCAGUCAAUAGAUUCGUUUCACAUAUAUCUUUGUCAUGCUUAGUUGGACCCUACUGCUUUGCUAUUCCACGUGAAUAUCAAGAAAACUGUUGCCAGGCAGACUUCAUCUUUUGUUGCAGAUGGCAUUUAAAGAAAGUAAAAUAUUAAAUAUAUUUGAUUUGAGCCUCAGGUAUAGAUGGUUAUAACCUAUAUAAUGCUUAUGUAAGUAAGAGAAUAUACUGUUGAUAAAUGUUACAAAGACUGUUAGAUCUAAAUAUGUUGGCAUUCUGCUAACAAAGAUGUGGAAACAUUCACUUUUUUUAAUAAUGUUGUGAUCAAGCUAAGUGGACUGUUGUCUGGCAUGUACAUUUUCAAGUAAACAGUAUGGUAAAAGAUCUCAAUGAGUUACAAACUCAGAAAUAAAUGCCACAAGCUGC